CACAUGCGGAUGGAUAUCGCUUACUCAGCGCGAUAAGAACCACCAUCAUCGUGUUUUCCGUCCCAAAAAUAGCUCAACUUGGUGGAUAUUUAGAAGCAGCAAACAUCUUAACCAAGACUGUUGAAAGAGAUUGGCGUAGUGGCUUGAUCAACCCGAUUUAUCUUUGAAUUGAACCAUCUGCCAGAAGGAAACUGCUGCACCCAUCUUGAGGUUCGAGAGGAAAAGGCUCGUGCACUGGGUGGAACAGAAAUAGUACACUACAGGCCAGAAGUGUUUGAACAGAAGAGGCUGGUCUGGUAAUCAUACAAAAGUGGGAGGCAGUGGAAAACAGCCCUGAGAAAGCAGCUCUUUUGAAACUUGUGAAGACUUUGACAACAGCAGCAACACAUAACGUACAGAAAGAAUGGGAAGAAAAAAGAUACAGAUUUCUCGUAUUGGAGAUGAACGUAAUCGACAGGUGACAUUUACCAAGAGGAAAUUUGGCCUGAUGAAGAAAGCUUAUGAGUUGAGUGUUUUGUGCGACUGCGAGAUUGCCCUGAUCAUCUUCAACAGUGCCAACAAGCUAUUCCAGUAUGCCAGCACAGAUAUGGACAAGGUGCUUCUUAAGUACACAGAGUACAAUGAGCCCCAUGAAAGUCGGACAAACAAGGACAUAAUUGAGGCAUUAAACAAAAAAGAACACAAAGGAUGUGAAAGUCCAGAGCCAGAUGCAGAGUCGUACACACUGACUCCCAGAACAGAAGAACGCUACCAGAGGAUCAACCAGGAGUUUCAGGACAUGAUGAUGAAGCAGACAGGCACCAUGAGAGGGGGAGUGGGGGGCUACCAGAGCAUGCCAGUGUCCGUACCAAUACCAGCUACUCAUAAUUCUGGAUUUCCCAACCAUCAGCAAUCAGCAGGAAUGAUCAGUAAUACUCUGAUGCCCCCACAAGCCAUACCACAGAGCAGCAGCCCCAGGCCAAGUUCCACAGGUGGUAUGCUUGACCUGAGCCAGAACAAUUACCCCUCCCAGAGUACAUCUCCCAACCCUGCCGCCGUAGGCAGUACAUCCCCUGGGGGAAACAUGUCUAGAGGGUCGCCCCCUUCCACCCAGGGCAGACCCAAUCUACGAGUGGUGAUUCCCAGCACACGAGGGGAGGUGGUAAGCAACUCUGAACAAACAGAGGAGCCAUUACAACCAAGGACAGCCAACAACACCCUAGCAACCCCUGUCGUUUCCUUGGCUACUCCUAGUUUACCAGGUACUGGUCCAUAUCCCUCCGGCCUGCCGACAUCUUUUGCACAUACAGAUUUUCACCUAAACUCUGCCGACCUGUCUGCCAUGCAAGGUUUUAAUACCCCUGGGGGUCUACUCCCUUCAGCCUGGGGAACACAAGGACCUUUGUCAGCAGCAGUGCAGGCAGCCGGACUGAACCAACCACCACUUUCGACUCCGACAAGUAUCCACCACAUGGCAACCCUUUCAGUGAACACUGGCAACAAGAUGAAUAUUAAAAGUGAGCCCAUCUCUCCAUCACAUCGAGAGAGUCACACACCAUCAGGCCAACAUUUACGCCCUCCUUCGGCAGGACACAUGCAAGGCCACAUGUCACCAAAUCAUAUGGGUGCUCAUAGUAAUGCUUCCUCGCCAGGGGGAAGCACAGGUGGCGGGGACUAUGAUGGGCCAAACGUGAAACGUUCACGUAUGAACGAUGGUUGGUCAUCCUAAGCUAAGAAAUUUCAGUAAAGAUAAGAAGUGGAAUAAGCUCUCUUCACACCAUUUGUAUAAAGCACUGUCAGCAGAUUGUGAGAGGUGAAGACAGUCCCAGGUGGUCCUCUAUAGAGAUGUCUCAGUUCUUAGCCCUGGCUGUUUGUUCAGCAGGUAUAAACAACGAUCAUCCAGUCCACCCAUCCUGAACUAACUUCUCAACACUUUCCAGUUAACCAGAUGGCUGACUGCCUGCAUUCUCUACUGAUCAGCUUUAUAAGCCAAGAAGACCAUGGCUAUCCAUUCCUCCAGGUUUGCUUGUUAGGUGAGCAAAAAAGGAGUUGUAAAUACAAAGCAGAAAUCUAUUGAACUGGGUUUCUUUAUCAUGCAAGCAUGCAACUUUUCUACCAUGCAUUGAUCUAUGUACCAGUAUCCCAGGGGAGUGAAUUAUAUGGGUCCUAAUGUCUCCCUCUCUGUGGUACUGUGAUCCUUGUUGCUUAUUCUUCAGAACUGGGGGCAUUCUGUGGCCAUUUGGGAUGGUAAGGGUCAGGACCAGUGGAGGGAGGCAGGAGGGCUCAAAUCUCCAUGUCGCUAUUUUCAUUUGACAUUCCCGUGUGAUCCAUUAUCCUUCAAUUUUAGAUUAUUAAUAAUUAUUAUUCAUUUUAGUUGUAAGCACUUUCAUGUCUUCUAUUUUGGUAAUAAAAUUAAUAUAUUGCAGGGUAUUGAUUAUGUUAAGUUAUUAUUCAAGCAUUUUGUGUGAACAAGGAGUGAAUGUUUUGAUCCGUAGAAUCCCAAGGACUCUUUGAUGGAAGCAUCAUGAGAAAUGUUUAUUUGCUUUUAUAGCCACGUGGCUGGCUGUGUAAAUUGUCCAGAUCAUAUAGAAUCAUGCUCAGGCCAAAUAUAUGAUUAAGUAAAAAAAAAAAAAAGAGUGGAAAAUUAUAUAAGCACAUGAUAUUUUAUCACUGUACAGGUAUUUAAAUAAGAAACAAAAAUAUGCUCCUGGGAUUUUUUUUUAAUAUACUGUAAUAUAACUUCAUUGUCAGGUGAUCAGGAAUGUUGUAUGACUGGAAUUAAUACAAAGUAUUCCCAGCUAUGGGUAUACUUAUGUAAGGUGAUUGUUGAUGUUACCAUGACGUCCACACAAAAGGUCCAAAAGGUUUGCUUUCCCUCCCACUCCCAUCAUCAUUGGGGGAUAUCUCGUACUACCUAUUUGUGACAUGUUAUAGUUAGAGAAUAUCCUCAUGCAACGUUUAAAUGGGAGUCAAGAGAAAGGUAUGCUUUUUUGUUCCUGUUAAAGUGUGAAAAAAUUGUGGCUGUUCUUUUCCUGGUGAUGGUGUUGUAUUGUUAGUCCAGUCUUGUAAGCUUUUGUGAAAGCAAAAGACGAAGCUGAAAACUUUUAAAGUUUGUUUUUGUGUAAAAAA